UCAUGUAGGUAGCAUUCAUAGUUUCAGAUGAAAUUAGACUUCAGUUAAGUAUAUGCUAUUUUUACACUGUGUGGUAAGGGUGGUAUAGACAGUCUCCAAGCAUGUAGGACUUAAAAAAAAUAAUCUUACUAUCAAACUGUAGUAUUCAACAGUAUACAUGUUUACAAAUACAUAAAGCGUAUAUACAUGUACUUAACAGGUAGUUUUUCCACUUAUGGAGAAUACGGAUUAUUACAAAUGACUGAAAAGGAGAAACAGUGAGUCUGGCUUGGCAUAACUCUGGAUAAGAAGGAUGAGGGAACUGUUGUGGCCAGCUUCAUGACCUCAGUGAUAUUCAUCAUCCUCUAAGAGGUUUUCUUCAGCUUCCCCGCUGAGUCCUUAUCCCCAUCCCAAAUUAAAAACCAUCCAGGAGAUGUGUGUGGUUUGGUUUUGUUUCAUUUUCUUACAGUUCCUUUUUUAUACUGUAUUAUUUAUAGUUGAAGGUCUGUUGAAGGUUUGCUUAUGAUUAUUAUUAUUAGGAUUGUGUUGGCGUAGUCUUUUAAAUGAUUUUUUUUUUUUCUUUACAUGAGAGAAACGCAAGCACUAAGUAGGUUUCUGUAGGGAUAGUAAUGGCUGAAAAGAAUAGGUGUUAGGCAUGGAGGAAGUGUUAAAUGUGAUAGACAAAGUUCAUGUUGACAUAGAUUUGUUUUUCAGUAUAUAGUCCUUUGUCCUUCAUUUCAUACUAUAUAGCGUUGAAGGAUUUGGCCUCUGCCCCUGAGCACUAGUCCCAGGAAUGUUUUGGCAGCAAUUCAGCGUGGUCAUGUUUGCUAUAAGAACUGUUUCAUUAACCUUGAAAUGCAAAAUAUGUUUAUUGUUAUUAGUUGGCUUGAUGCCAUUCCAAUUUUAGUAAUGGAAAAAGUACUCUGUUAAUGACUUGAUACAAUGGGUUUUUUAAUUGCAUAUUUACAUAGCAGUAAAUUCAGCAUCCCAGAAUAAUUGACUCAUUCAGUUGGCUUUCUUUUGGAAAAUGGAUGUUGCCUUUUCUCUUAAUCAAGUUAGAAUCUUUGUUGUUGAAAUUUUGUUUGUGUUAAUUGUGGCCUGAUGUCUUGCAUCCUGUAAUUGUACAGAGGAGCAGAUCUAGUUUAGACUUUCCAAGUGCUUUUGAGGAGUCAACUGCUCUCAACAAAUGGAAAACAGCAGGAAUAACAGGAUAUUUAUGUUUGAGUUUGGGUGGUUGUCAAAAUAGAUGCCAAUAUUUUGGAUAUGUUUUUAAUGUUUUAUGCACAAAGAAAUGAACCCAUUUGUUUGUCUACGGUUUCCAGCAACUGAUAAACCUGUAAAACUCAUAAAAAAACAACUCAUAAACUUGUAAAAGCAAUUCAUCUCACCUUUCUGAUAAUUCAAAUUUGAAUUAGAGUUCUCUAGUGCUAGAAUGUCUUCAGAAUUACAUUCUGAAAUAAGAUUGAACAACUGUCUUUUUGGAUCUAUCUUGAAUUGUUCAAAGCGGUAGUUAUAUAGAGAAGACAAUUUUAAAUAUUUUAUAGCUAUUUCAACUUUUCAAAGGCUUUACUCAAUAUUGCUUUUGCAAGUUAAUCUUGACUGACAUCUUGCGACUCAUUGAAGGAAGAAUUAAUAAAAUCUCCGAUCAUGUGGUCAGGAGAACUCAUUUUGUAUCUUUGCUACUAAGAUCAAAUAAUGUGUUGAAAUAUCAGUGUUUUAAUGAAAUAUGUGAUUCCUAUUCUUCUAGUUUUUCUUUUUUUAACCUGUAUGUAAUGACAUCUUACCAUUUAGUAGACAGUUGAUGUGUAUUUCUUGUAAUGCUUUUAACGUGUUUUUCUAGCCCUUCUUUUUUUGUUGGCUAUGCUUUAAUUUUUGUAGUUUUCAUUGGGAGUUUUGUCAGUUCUUUCUAUAACGUUGGUGAACACUAAGACUGUUGUUGCUUGGGUCAUAAGUGAUAGCCCUCCAUGCUUUUUAAAAUACUGCUUGGAAUGAAUGGGCUCCAGCAUUGCUUUUUGAGUUUCUUUUCCAUUUCCCAUGCACAGAUGAUCUAACAAACCUCAGAGCAACUUGGAUUCUUUGGAGCAGAUGCAAAAGGCCUAGGAGUAGUUCUCACUUCUACACAAUGUCUUUUUCUUAGGUGUGCUAUAGGUACUGCUGGUUUUAGCUUACUGUUUCAAGCUGCAUGAUAGUUGAAAUGUGAAACACACAUCAUGGAGUCAAAUUUAAUUUAGACAGCACAGAAAUACACAGAUAGAGAUAGAUAUGUAUGUAUGUACAUAUAUAAAACGUUGUCUGAUACUUCUGUUUCUCUUGAGCCUUCCUUGAAGAAAGCCUCCUGAGAGCACCACUCCUGCAUAUAGGCCGUUCUCCACUAUUUGAAUUCUCCUUGGUUUUUCCAUGUUCAGUUCACCUAUUUGUAAAAGACUCAAACAUCAAUGGGAAAUUGGCAUAUGAGGGAGUAGGGGGACAAAACUGAUAAGAAGUAUAACUGUGUGGAAUGAAUAUAAUAAAUUGACAGUGGAAAUUAAUCUUUAUAAAUAAAGAUUAAAAAUAAUACCCAAGAAAGUUUUCUGGCUUCUGUUUUGGACACGUCUUUCAGCGUGAUUUAACAGUUUUAAUUUCUAGACUGUCUUUUUACAGCAUGGUCAUGUAUUUUAAAGCCAUGUUGUAAAUUUUAUGGGUUUUAUCCAAAUGUAUUUAAUUAUAGUUGUAACUUGCAGAAGGAAUCUGCACUUAGGAAAUAGUUUCAUAGCUGCAGAGUGAAAGGGUCAUGGAGUCACUUUCAGGGUGGUACUGCACAGUGCAUUAGCCGGUUGAAUUUCCAGAGAAGUUGACCCAUGGCACACUAAACUAAAGCUAUGAGAAGCAUUGGAAAUGUGAGCGUUAAUUUUUAUUGUGUUUGCUUAUCUAGCAAACUUCUCAAAGGUUUUACAAAUGAGGUUGCCCUUUCAAUUCAAUAGCUUGAUGUUGGCCUGAUGCUCUAGAAACUUUGAGCCAAAUGAUGUUUUUCUUUUUCUUUUUUUUUACCCCUCUUUGGCUGACCUGAGAUUGACCUGCAACAAAUAGUGUUUCUGCUUUGCACUACAUAGAAGAGAGAUUAAAUCCAACCUUGAGAGGAAGUAGCGUUCAUUUUUACAUUAUUAAAACUCAAAGGAAGAAGAUUCAAUCAGCAUUGUGAAGAAACUGUCCUAUGCCACUGAAUUUUGUCUCGCUCUAUGAUGAUGGAUGAGCUGAGAAGCUUGUGAAGCUUACAUGAAAUAUCCUAUAGAUACUUCUACUUAUCAGUAGUAGCCCAGGUGAAAUAAGCAUGUCCUAAGAUGGCAAUAGGUCUGGAGUAUGAACCAGUCUACAGAAGUGAGUUGAUGCCAGAUUUGUUAAUGUCUUGGUGGCUUGAUGGCUCUCAGUUACUCUCUCUCUAAACCAAAGUCAUCUACCAAAGCAAUAAAGGGAUGGUGCACAACCUGACUACAGAAUGCUAUUUCCAAAGAAGUGAACUGUGAAGAAAGGACUCAUGAAUUUUGAUCACGGGGUCUUGGAGACCGUCUCUGAUGUCUGCUCCAGUGAGGACCUUCCUGAGGUAGAGUUGGUGAGCAUGCUAGAAGAACAGUUGCCAGAUUACAAGUUACGAGUAGAUUCUCUGUAUCUGUAUGAAAAUCAAGACUGGAUUCAGCCCCCUGCCUGCCAUGGCCAUCUUCCUGAAAUCACUUCUCCAGUUCGUCAUGAGGAACCCUUCCGUUACAUGAUUCUUGGCACAGAUAAUGUGGAGCAGAAAACCUACAGUGAUGCUGACAUGGUCAAACAUCUAUUAGCUGAGAAAGAUCGGGACCUGGAACUGGCAGCUCGAAUUGGGCAAGCCCUCCUUAAGCGAAACCAUCUGUUGACGGAACAGAAUGAAGCACUGGAAGAACAGUUGGGACAAACUUUAGAUCGAGUUAACCAGCUGCAGCACGAACUGUCAAAGAAGGAUGACCUGCUUCGUAUUGUUUCGAUUGCUUCUGAGGAGAGUGAAACAGAUUCCAGCUGUUCCACACCACUUCGUUUCAAUGAGUCUUUCAAUGUAUCGCACGAUCUGUUGCAGCUGGAUGUCUUGCAAGAUAAACUCAGAGAGCUGGAAGAGGAGAACCUUGCUCUCCGAUCAAAGGCUUGCCAUCUGAAGACAGAAACCAUUACAUAUGAAGAGAAAGAACAGCAGCUGGUCAAUGACUGUGUCAAAGAGCUCCGGCAGACAAAUGCUCAAAUUUCCAGAAUAACAGAGGAGUUGUCAGAGAAGAGUGAGGAGUUGGUUCGCUACCAGGAAGAGAUCUCAUCCCUCUUGUCUCAGAUUGUUGAUCUUCAACAUAAACUCAAAGAACAUGUGAUUGAAAAGGAAGAGCUGAAACUUCACUUACAAGCUUCCAAAGAUGCUCAGAGACAACUGACAGCAGAGCUACAUGAGUUGCAAGAUCGGAAUGCAGAGUGUCUAGGGAUGUUGCACGAAUCACAAGAAGAAUUGAAGUUGCUGCGCAGCAGGGCCAGCUCUGUUGCUUGUCUCUGCCACUCCCAGUCAUGUGGAACAUUUCCUGUGGAUUCCCUUGCAGCAGAAAUUGAGGGGACAAUGCGGAAGGAAUUGAGUCAGGGUGAUGAAUCUGUUCUCUCCAAGCAAAAGGUUCAACAGAAACGAGUAUUUGACACUGUUAAGGUUGCUAAUGUCACUCGUGGCCGCUCCUCUUCCUUUCCUGCCCCAUUGCCAAUCCCUGGAUCUAAUCGGUCAAGUGUUGUUAUGACAGCAAAGCUCUUCCAGUCUGGUGUACAUCAGUUGGAGAGCCACACACAGAUGACCCACAGGAGCAGCUCUGAGAAGAAUUGGAAAGACACUCAUAAUCCUGGCCAGCCAGGAACGUCUGGAGACAAUGACUUAGUCAGAGCUCUGCAUAGGCUCUCCCUCCGUCGUCAGAACUACCUGAGUGAGAAGCAGUUCUUCGAGGAGGAAUGGGAGCGAAAAAUGCAUUUGCUGGCUGAGCAGAAAGAAGGGGCUAGUGGCUGUAGUACACCAACAGAAAGCUGUUUUUCCCUGGGUACAAACUCAGAAUUCACUGAUCUUUCUACCAGCUCUAGUAAUCUCCGUGUGCUCCUACCAGAAAAAUUGCAAAUUGUCAAACCCAUUGAAGGAUCUCAGACCCUUUUUCACUGGCAGCAGCUUGCUCGACCCAACCUAGGCACCAUUCUUGACCCAAGACCAGGUGUUGUUACAAAAGGUUUUACCCCUCUGUCUGAUGAUACUGUGUACCACAUCGCUGACUUGGAGGAGGAUGAUGAGGAAGAAGGUGAAGGAGGUAUAACAUUUCAAGUGCAACAGUCCUUCCCGGAGGAAAAGAAAUGUACAGUGGCAAAGCCAAUGGCAGGGAUUUUCCUACUCCCUAUUACUUCAGCAGCAGUACCAGUCACUGCCUCAAAUCCAGGGAAGUGUCUGUCUUCUACAAAUUCCACAUUUACCUUUACUACAUGUAGGAUCCUUCACCCAUCUGAUGUCACUCAAGUUACUCCCAGCUCCAUCAGUGCCCCAUUUUCACUUGGAAAUACUGGCAGCAGUAUUGGAAACCCAGUUGUGAGCAGUCCAGCCAUUUCUUACAGGCUUAGUAUUGGAGAAUUUCUCACCAACAGAAGAGAUUCAACUACUACUUUCAGCAGCACAAGCAGUCUGGCUAAACUUUUGCAAGAACGAGGCAUCUCUGCCAAGGUUUACGGUAGCCCUGUAUUAGAAAAACUGCCUUUGCUACAGCCCCCUCGAACUCUCCCCGUUCCUUCUACUCCACCAAAUUCUCCCUCGCGUUCACCGUGUCCUUCCCCUCCACUGUUUGAGCCUCGAGUGCAUCACUCGGAAAACUUCCUGGCUUCUCGACCAGCAGAAACAUUCUUGCAGGAAAUGUAUGGCCUAAAGCCCUCCCGUAAUGCUCCAGACGUGGGCCAGCUGAAGAUGAACCUAGUGGACAGACUGAAGAGGCUGGGUAUUGCCAGGGUGAUCAAGCCCCCUGAGAUACAGGACCACAGGAAGAAUCAGGGGCCAGAGGUUAGCUUGCGGAGGCAGGACUCGGCUGUGUUUUUAAAUGCAGGUAGCAACUUAAUGGCGGGACUGAGAAGAAACCAGAGUCUUCCAGCCAUGAUUGGGGCAUUGGGAGCUCCAGUUUGCACACAGUCAUCAAAAAUGGAUAUCCUGAAGGAGGACUGACUGAUCUGAAAAGUGAUUGACUUCUAGCAUAGUAAAUAAUACAUGAGGGAUAAACAUCCAGUACAGGCAUCGUUAGGUGUGUUACAGAAGAGUUGGAGAAGGCAUGUGCAUGUUAAAGAUGUGGGAGAGAGAAGCAUGGGGAUCAAGGAGAAAAAGAACAUUGCUUGGGUUUGAGAAAGAAGGCUUUUGUGGAAGAUAAGAAGGAAGAAACCAAAGCUUAGUUUUGAGACCCCCUUCAGCAUCUGUCUUAACUUAAGCAAAAAUAAAAGACCAUUGUAGAUAUUCUCAGUAUUUUAACCUUUUAAACCGAAUGUGUAGAACUGUCUUGCAGGUGCUGUUCUAUUUUUUCCACCAUAUGACCAUAGUAUUUUACUAGUUGUUAGCAGUCAGGCUGUAUCAUUUAAAUGUAAUACUAAAAUAACAGUCAGUCUGACCAGCAUUAUUGGUCCAAGUUCCUCUCUGUAGCAAACGAAUGUGAAAACUCGGAUUAUUUUUUUUUAGUCUUGUAUUUUCCAUUUCAGAAACUGUACUCUUUUGAACUCCUCCCCACUUUGAGAAGCAAGGGAGAGAACCCUUAGCUCUAUGUAAGAAAACAAUACUUCUGUUUAUGAACACAGAAACUGGUGGUCAGGAUUUGUAUUUUGAAAGAGUGCAAUUGUACUAGUGAGGUAUUAACAGAAGUUAAUUUCUUUCCAGAGCUUCUGAACAACACAGAGGAAGGUGCAAUGAAUAAGAAUUAAGAAGCAGGAAAGUAUGUAUUAGGGUGAAAACUUCAAGCUAAGAAAUCUUUCCAAAGUUGCUGUGCAUCUUUUUAAAUGAGGGUAUUUUUGCACACACAAAAACAUCUCAGGCACAUUUCAGUAUUACAAAAGGAAAUAAAACCUAGGUGCUUGAUUCAGGGUUUCUUUUUAUUUGACAUAAGCGGAGAGCAUUUACUUCAAGACAAGUGUUGGAAAUUCGGUAACCUGACUCUUCUCUUGACAGGUAGACAUUAUGUAUAUUUGAGAGUUCUGCAGUAAGCUUCAUGCCUUUCAUUUGUUUAUUUCUGAUUUUAGGCAGGAUUUUGUUUAAAAGAUUUCAUUAAGAGCAAAAUUUACCAGUCUCUAGAAACAGAAGGAUGAAAGCUAGUGUUCUUUGUAGCAUUUUAAUGAACAUAAAUCAAUUUUGCUACGUUGAAAUCCUGUGUUUUGAUGGUGGAGAGUGGUUCUGAACCUGAUUCUGAACAAAGCUGAGGCAGACUUUCCAUCUCAAAAGAGAAGUCAAUUUUAGAAAUCUGGUUUCUGAGUGGUAAUCAGCAAAAUAUUAUUGCCCAUGCUGCUUUUUUGAUUCUUUCCUGUCCAAGGUUCUAGUCAUAACUGAAUAAUCUACAAUAGAUCUACAGUGUAACUUAAAGAAGAAAAAAAGGUUGCCCAGAUUUCUUUGGAGGAACGGGUCUUUCCUAGUGACCUGAGUGGAAACAGGUUCUUUAUGUAAUUUUUCACUGUACCUAUCAACAUUUUAAAAUUAUUUUUAAGUUUAGUUUCCAUACAAUUAGAUAAAACAGUCAAAGUUUACCUUGCUUGUUACAGUGUAUGUGGGACAUAGCUGGUACCUGUCUGGGUGCAUGGAGUGAAGCAUCAGUAUAAUUACACUGAUUAGCAUUUGCUGUAAGGCACAUCCACCAUAAUCAGCACCCUUGUUGCUGCAGGGUUGAGUGGAGUAGGGUAGGAAAAGAAAGCUUCUUAACCUGAUUUAUAGGAAAUUUGUAACGUGGCCUUUCUGCUUUUACAGUUCUAUAGAUCUUGUGAUGACUCUUUGAUAUAACAGUCUUUUUUUGUAAAAGGAAAAGGAGUAACCACGUCAAACUUGCACAGGGAUUCUUAGCAGAAACUUGUCUGUUAGCAGUGCACAGAAAUAUUUCAGGAACUCCUGGAGCUGCCUUUUGCUCUCUAAGCAAAAUCUUACACUUAUAAAAGGUGAAUUUUAUUUAAAAUACUAUAUACGGGUUAAUUUUGUUUUUUUAAAUGAAAAAUAUUUAAUUUCUUCAUGUAUUUAUGUUUGUAUGUACUUAGCUGUGCAUGGGGUCUUGCCUAGCUAAAUAAGGUAAGAGUGAAAGGAGUGGGGGGAGGCAGUUUUGCUUUCCAGUGAACUAAGACAGGUACGUCUGCUGUGUAUUUGUAACUUCUAGGGAAACAACAGGAAUGCGUUAAUGGACGAUGAGACAGUUUGGUGUCAACAGAGAAGCGUAUAGUGUGUCAAAAAUAUGUCCAUUUUAUGUGUGUUUAUUAGAGGAAUACAUAUAAGUUCCUGAUAAAUUUUUGAAAGUAUUAUACUGUGUUUCUAACUAGCUUUAUUAGAAUAACUCCAGCCAUUGGAUCAUUCUGUGUGUUAUCAGCAGAAGUAGCAAAUCAGCUAAAUCAGAAUUCCUUUGGCAGACCCAGGUUUCAGUUAAAAUUAAUCUAAGAGCACAUUAAUUAAAUGCCUGUUUCUCUUUGGGAUGCUUCCAUAUUCCAUAGCCCAACAAUAUAAACUGGUUCAGUUCAAACAAUACUAUGGAUAUGUCGAGAGGGGUUUUUUUGUUUGUUUUCUGUAGGAUGAUGUAUCAUCAGAUACUUAAGGGAAGAAGAAAAUGGAAGGAUCUGUAUAUCAUUGUGUGUUUAUCUGGUUGGUUGAUGCUGUGGUGCAGCGUUGCUGAAAUUCCGUCAUGCGUUUAUACCUUUGGAUGGUCACGUGCAUUUUGUAUAUAUAUGCCUAGCUUGCAGCAAUGGGGAAAAUUAGUGGUACUUCCAAGUUUACUGUUUUGUGCCAAAACCUAGAAGAUAAACUUUUUUGAAUAACAUGCGUGUUUCAGAGAACAUAUUAAAAGUUGCCAUCAUUCUAGGAACUGAUUUGGCUUCUGUUGCCUCCCAUAAGAGAGGAGACAAACUUGUAUGACUAAGAUAGCCAAGAUCCUGCACAAGUGUGAUUUGGUUGAGCGGGAGGUAGAGCUAGAAGGAAUGGAGAAUUGCAUUUUGGAAAGGUUCUGUUGUCUUGUAGGUUUGAGACAAAAACAGAUGCUAGAAAGGACGGACUUACUCAUGCUUGUGAAAGUUUCAAGAGACGGAAGGAAAUUAUUGUAGUAUUUAUCUUUAUUCAGAUUGGCUUAAACCAGGCACAAAUUUAUAGCUUUCUAGUUUCACUGUUUUUGUUAACCUCAGUGAUGCCUGCAUGCUCAAAAUACCUGUAGUCAAAGUGAAAAGUCUACUGGAGUCAAACAGCAGCAGAGAGGGAAGGAGAAUAUUGGGUUGGGGCCUCAUUUGGCUGUUACACGAGGGGAUUACACACAAUAUUUGAACAGUCUGGGAACUUCAUGGUAUUUUUUUUUUCAUCUGCUUUUUGCACUUACUGUUGUUUCAUAGUGGAAUGUAAAUUUGAUAAUAAAUAUGUAUAACAUGCCAUUUUUCAGUA